AUGUCUAAUCUCAUCACUGUCUUUGGCGCCACUGGCAACCAGGGUGGCUCCGUCAUUCAAGCCAUCCUCGCCGACCCCACCCUCUCAAAGGAGUUCAAGCUCCGAGGCAUCACCCGCGAUGCGUCCAAGCCCGCUGCCCAGGCCCUGCAGGCUAAGGGUGUCGAGAUGGUCUCGGCGAGCAUGGAGGAUCCUGCCUCCCUCAACGCAGCCGUCAAAGGCUCGCACACCGUCUUCCUCGUCACCACCCCCGCCUGGGGCGCCAGGGCGUCUCCUGACGCUGAACUCAUCGACGGCAAGAAUGUCGCCGAUGCGUGUAAGGAUGCCGGCGUCCAGCACCUAAUCUUCUCGUCGUUGCUACACGCGACCAAGGAGACGGGCGGCCGCCUCAAGCACAUUCCUCACUUCGACCACAAGGCCGAGGUCGAGGAGUACAUCCGCGCCAUCGGCGUGCCCGCCACUUUCGUCCUGCCUGGCUACUUCAUGGGCAACUACACGGCCAUGGGCAUGAUCAGGAAGAACGAGGAGGGCGUGUACACGCUUGCCUAUCCCGUUGGCGAGGACGCGCGCUUCCCGCUGAUCGAUAUCAGCGAGGAUAUGGGCAAGUACGUUGUCGCAUCCAUCAAGCAGCGCUCCAAGCUCCUGGGCGCUCAGGUCCUCGCUGCCGCCGACUACUACACGCCUACGCGUAUACUCAACGAGUUUGAGGACGUCACUGGUCAGAAGACGCAGUACGUCCAGGUUGACCCGCAGACCUACAAGAGCUUCCUUCCCAUCCCCGAAGCCAUUGCUCAGGAGUUGCUCGAGAACCAUCUGUUCAUUGGAGAGCCCGGAUACUAUGCUGGAAAGGAUUUGAAGCCCAGCUUGGACCUGCUGGCUGAGGUUGGCUUGAAGCCCACUACGUUCAGGGAGUUUCUGGAGAAGAACAAGGCCGCGUUCGCCUAG